AUGUCCAUUCAGGGCGCCGGCUCGUUGGUGAAUGGUGCUGGAUUCCUGCGCCUCAUCAACGAGGCGCGAAUCUACAAGCAGCGGAACCCCACUGGAGCGCCAGCACGACCAAGGCCGGCUCGCAGUCAGGGGUACGACGUUCAUGGUUAUAGCGGGCCGCCGCCAGCGAUCUACAUGGAUUUCCGUGGGCCUCCGAAGCAGCCAGAGGACUACGAUGGGCCGGAUGAUGUGACGAUGGCAUUCUACAACACCUGUCCAUACGCAUGUCGUAGCAGCCAGAGCUCCUCUAACGGCUGGAUGAGUCUGGCUGUCACGGGCGCGUUACCUGGAGAACAGCCCGGCAAGGCUGGUGCCGCACUUCCCAAGGGUGGCGCCACGGUGUCUCGUCAGAAACCGGCAAGGGCGGGCGUAGACAAGGGGAUCUCCGCUCUACUGAUGUCCAAAGUUGGUUACAUAAAGCCUGGUCGGUGGUCCCUUCAGAAGAUUCAGGACAUGCUCGACAGACGUUCCAACACCGGGGUGCGACAGGGUUGGGAACUGGGAACCUAUAGUGAUCCCUCGCCCUUUUCGUAUGUAGAGUUGAAUAUCAAGUCCUUAGGCAACUUUGGCAUCAACUGCGAAGAGAUUCAUGGCAACUGGACAGAGAUCAUGGAGAAGUUUCAGUUGACCGUCUUCCCGGGAGCCCCCAGUGAGGCGAUGUACGCUUUGGCAUCCGUGGCCCGAUCCACUCUGGUGCCCAAGGGCAGCUUCGUGGUCUCCGAGGGGGAGACUGGCGAGGAUGCAGACGCUCUGGUGCUGCUGGUCAGUGGUGUGGCAUCGGUGCUAAAGAAGGCGCCAGAACGCCAGGGUGAGGUUCGAGUGGAAGAUCACGUGCUGGAGCAACAGACUGUGGGGCGUUUGCGUGGUGGCGCAAUCAUUGGAGACAUCAGUCUCAUCGGCGCCUCCAUGCCUCGACCGGCCACGGUGCGCGCCAAGACGGACGUGGAGGCCAUAGUCUUUCCUGGCCGCUCUGUUCUGGCUGUGCUGGCCGCUUUCCCCACCCUGCUGAACCCGGCCACGGAUCGCUUGGUCGACACGGCCGAGUGUAUCAAGGAGCGCUUGUUGACCAAGACCGAAGUUGCGAGCUCUUUGAACCUCUUCUACGGUUGCGAUCUGGGCUUCGUGAAUGAUGUGGCCAGCAACGGGGAGCGCCGCUUGCUGUUUGCUGGAGAGACAGUGGUUCAGCAGGGAAGUACGGUGGGAACCCUCUUUGUCUUGGAGCACGGCAGGGUCAGCAUUCAGAUCUCCGGCGUGGGCACGGUGAACGAAGUGCCGGCGGGGAACUGCUUUGGAGAACGCACCCUGCUGGGGAUCGCCGCGGAAGCCAAUGCCACCGUGAGGGUGGCUACCCCUUUUGCUUUGGCCUUGGCCAUCCUUCGAACGGCCCUGCACAAAGCCUUGAAGAAACAUCCGGUGGAAGUCGAACAUUUCGAGAAGCUGAAGACUUCGCCGCAGGGUGGAAGAAUCUCAGGGAGCAAGGUGCGGCAUGUUGAGCUCUUCAGGGCUUCUGGGACCGGAUUUCUCGAGGCCUUGAACGCAAAGGUCACCUCCGCCAUGUUCCUGUCCACUGUCCAAGUGGUGGGCUGGCUUUUGGGCCUGGAACAGCACGGUCAAACCAUCGUGGUGGAAGGAUCCUACGAGGAGGACCCGGCCAUGUUCGUUCUUUCAGGUGGCAUUGUAGUGGCGGAGCGCCACGGCCACGCCAUCGCGCGCAUCUCUCCGGGGGCCACCUUUGGGGAGCUAGCAAUGCUGGGGGUAUCACCAGAGCGAGCUGUCACCAUUCGAGCUGUGACUUUGUGCUUCAUCAUGAGCAUCCAGUCGUCAGCCUUCCAUCAGGCUUUGGAGAAAUUCCCGGAAGAGAAGGAGCGCUUUGAUACAGCGACCAGCGGCAGUCACAAGGAAGGGCCACGGGUGGUGUGGCCGUGCCUGCGAGGCGAAUCCUCUCGCUUGCUGUACCUUCUGGAUCUCUAUGCGGAGAAGUUUUCAUGUCUGGCGGGUGAUCGUCGACUGGGACAUGCGCCCUUCAACGAGGCUGCCAUUCUGAUUUUGGAGGGCGAGAUUUCCGUCCUGGAUCCUCAAGGUCGAGAAUUGGCGGUUUUAACUGCUGGAUGUUGCUGGAACGAGAGAAUCCUGGCUGGAGCUCGCGCCGAGCAGACAGAAAGGCUGCUGCCCAUCACCAACUGUGAGGUGCGCAUCGUGAACCGCGAGACCUGGGGGAAAGUCAUGGCCGAGUUCCCCAGCGAUCUGGGCAAAGUGCGGGCUGCGAUCCUGCGCUACAUGGGAGAGCAGGCAGAGAAGCGCUUGGGCUACGAGCCUGGCUCCUCCGCGCUGCUGCAGCAACGGACCGCCUUCUUUUCGGCCGUUUCCAAUGACUUUGCGAAGCAAGCUCGAGCGAUGGCAGAGACCAGGAUCGUCGAGCCUGGCUGUGACAUCGUGCCCGAGUCGUUGGUGACGGAGCUGGUGGUGCAGUAUCCUGGACUUGCAGCUGGUGUGAUUUUCCCGUACGGCGAUAGCGAGAACAACGACAAGUUGUUGCAGUUCAUUGAAGCAGGUGCCUCCCAUGACAACAGCCAAGAUGAGGCCGAAGAUGAGGAGGAGGAUCUGGUGCAGGAGUUGUACAUCUUCCUACAAGGCGAUGCCACCCUCACGUGUCCUUUGACUGGCGAACGAGCCUGGCAGUGUGGCGAGGUCAUGGGAGAGUCGCCCUUUGCGGGCACCACAAGGCUUUAUCCAGCCAGAGUCACGGCCAACACCGUGUGCUUAGUCCAGGUCUAUAAGAAGAACGAGAUAUUCGAGGCGAUGGCCAAACAGGAAGGACGCGACCGGGAACUGUCAGAUGACCCAGGAGAGCUCGCUCUGGAGGCUCAACCGUUUGGGCUCUCGCAGAUGCGAAAGAGGUUGCAACGGAGCUUCUCCUUCCGCAACGCCCAUGUGGCGUUUUCCAGUGCUUUGGUGAGGCUUCCGGAUGUGGUUCUCUUCCCUCCGAACCGCCUCAUCACCGAGCAGGGAGACGAGUGCAAGUUGGGUGAGAGCCAAUUCUUUCUGGUCUUAGUGGGAAGAGUAAAGGUGGCGGGUGCAGUCGGCACUCUCUUCAGCAUGGUGGGAGCUGGCCAGGUCUUCGGAGAGGUGGGCGCCUUCGGCAUCUCCAAGCGGCGCACCGCCAGCGCCUGCACCUGGCAAGAGGGCUACGUGAGUUGCCUGCGCUUCACCGGGGCGGUGGUGCGAGCAGCCGUUAAUGAGUUCCCGUUGGACCGCGACAAGCUGGCGCAGAUCUGGAAACGCACCGAGGUCAUGAACCGCAGCACCGAGCUGGAGCGCCGCGAGUGGAUCAAGACCACGGCCAUCCCUGCGCUGGCUCAAACGCCUCUCUUGGGUGGUUGUCCACCGUCCUUCUUCCAUAGCCUGUCUGUGCUACUUCAGGAGCAACUCUACAAGUCAAACUCGGAAAUCGUGAAAUGCGGCGACAAACUGGAGCACAUGAUUCUGUUGGUGGCUGGCGCCGCGCAACUGCGCACACGCGUGGGGGACGACAUCGGCAUGAUGCGAAAGGGCUCCAUGUUCGGCGAGAUCAAUGCCCUCGGUUUGUUCAACUACAGCAUGGCUACAAUCCAGAGCACCGAAAGGACGCGACUCUUGGUCCUUCCACAUGCAGCGAUGAAACAGGCGUUAGCAUCUCCUGCUGCCAAGCAAGAGGGCAUUUGUGUCGCUUUUCAGAAGUUGGUGGAUGGCAGAUACGACCAGGUGGACCGCGGCGUGCCAUUGUGCGGCAUGGGCAUCACAACCCAAAAAGAUGAUCCGCGGGUGCGAGCGAUUGCUCUGUUGGCGGAACGAAGGGAUUUAGAGGCGGGCGACGAGUGGUGCCCCGUGCCCGACUCGGAACCCGCCGGGCCCUUCUUCGGCGUGCUGGUCUCCGGGCGCGUCAUGGUGGAGAUUGGCCCGGAGCAUCACAUCGUGCUUCAGCUAACUUCUGGAGCAAUCUUCCCGGAGGGCCUCCUGGCCUCUUACGGUGCAGUCUGUCGAGCUGAGACGACCUGUGAAGCAUAUCGCGUUCGAUGGCAUGACUUUUAUAUGGCGGUUGGCCUCAGUACCCCAUCUGCCACUGAUUGGUUCUGGAAGUUUCGAGUUCAAGAAAAGGCCACGGUCGAGCGCUUGACUAGAAGGCUCCAGUCGGUACAGGGCUUGCUACACGUCAAUGUGCCACAUCGCAAAGAUGAGGAGAUUCAGGCUUGGAAAGCUCAGCGCGGCGAACGCAUCAGCCAAGCGAAGAGGAUGAGCUCUACACUGGCGGUUCAGGUCGGAUACCCUGUUUUAAUGGGAUAUAUGAUGGUGAUUCAAUGGUGA